UCCAUGCAGGGACCAUCAGCCUAGCAGUCUUUCCAUAUAAGAACAUGCUAUGUGGAGGUUUGUCCCAACAAUAACAUGCGUUGUUGAUAAAAACUUCAUUUUGUUUGGUUGGUGGAUGAAGUACAGUACAUGACAGUUUGCUGAAUGAAGGAAAUGGUUAGCGUUGGCCUUGCUUUCUCAAAGUUGAGUUGAUACCAGUAUGAGUGACCAAGCUAAACCAGCAGCAACAGGGAGGAAGAGUCGACCUAGAAAAAGAAAGACAUCGGUCCCUCUACCUGGUCCCUGGCGAAACUCAUCAUGGGUUAGCAGCUUUGGGGGGAAAGGGGCCAGUCCUAUUAAGUACCAAGAGGUAAGCCCAAGCUUUCUUCUUCGACAGCUUCUCGUCUUGAUUGAGAAGGGGAAAUUUGUUGAUGCCUCUCAACUCCUGAACAAGAUCUCCAUCGAGUCCUUAAAGGAGAUCGUCCUGGACAUUCCUGUCGAUCCUGUCAUCGAUAGUGUCCCACAGUCCUUAGUUUUCCUUGAGAGUUUGUACUCUAGACUCUUCCUCAGCGAUGUGGAGAGUUUCCCCGUCGAGCAGUUUCAAGUCGAGGCAAUGGUGUUCCAUAUUGUACGGUACAUCUCAAUGGUCCAGAGCGCCAUAGAAUUUAAAUAUCCCAAACCUGAGGAGGCCAGGAAGUCCAUCCACAACAUCCUUAGAAUCGUCUUGCACAUCAACCCCGAUCUUGUCCGGACUCUCUUCAAACGCAAGAAGCUGAUGGACACGGCUUUACAAGGCAUAGGCGAGCACGGAUUCAUUCCGAUGAACGGGUCUCUCAUCGACCUCCACGACGGCCUUAAAUUUGAAAUUAAUAAGAACAUCCAAGCCUUCAAAGCUGCUGUGAACACCCUAGAUCACCUUAACCUGUCUCACAGUAAGCCGGUCAAGCUCAAGAUCAACAGCGAUAAGAAGUCUAGUCAAGGAAACCACCAGGCUCUCACAAAGCUCAACGAGAACCAAAUCAAAAACCGUCUCUACAAAAACAAGUCUCUUCUGAAUGCCAUUGAGCUCCGAACGAACUCACAACUACCAUCCCUGAUUAAGACCCUCAAAGACCGCAUAGAGUAUGACAAAAGUGCGCUCCUUGCUUUCGGAAAGCUUAAGACAGAAAUCAAGACUUUUUCGUCCAAUGCUAAGGUUGUUCCCCUCAUCGCGCAGUACUCAAAGAGUCUUCAGACUGUUCUUGACAUAUUCAAAGAGCUUUUGGAUGAGCACUGCAGUUCAGACCAGAGCUCUUAUUCAACACUUGGUUACCAUAGUGAUGAAGAAGACAUCAUAAGUUUACACAGAGAGGAUGAAGAUACGGAAGAAGAACCGACCAAGGAGGAGGUGGUUGUCGUUGAGAUUGAAGUCCAGCAAGAAAUGGCAGUGACAGUUGCCAAGAAAGAAGGCCCAUUGAUUGAGCAAAUCUUUGCACCAACCACCAACCACCAUGAGAAGUCCGCUAUGCCCGGUGAGCAGCCCACAGAGAAGCGAUCUCGCUGGUGGAAACACCAUAAACGCAGUCAUUCAUUGGAAUUGUCUCCAUCCACUCAAGCCGCCGUGUCCAACAGCAGCAAUGAAGCAGAGCAGACGAAGCCCUCACGUAGCAGCUCCAUGGACCCCAUUGUCAUCUCCAGACCCAGGAGGGAAAGUGUAGAGGAGAGUGCAGAACUACAGCAGAUGCUCACAAGGAUCCGCAAAAUGUCUGCUUCAUCCCCAGCUGUUGGAAGACGUCAGCUGGAGAAACGAGGGAUAAGUCAGCCAAGGAGCAGAGAUUCUUCAGUCUCGCCUUCUGUCUUGAGGAAACACUACUUUGGCGGCGGAGAAAAGACACCAUCUAUCAGUUCCCAAAUGGAUGAUGCAAUAGAUAAUGAUGCCGACCCGACCUAUGCAACACUCAAAUUCAAGACCCCACCUCAAAGCAGCAGCAAAGACAAAGACUCAACUAAAGCUGAAUCAUCAUCAGAGGCAACCAAUUCAGAUCCACUGUAUGCUAAAAUCAAGGUCAAAGGUAAGGGGUCAAAGGCCAAAGAUGACGACACUUUGUUCACCCUUCCGCCCGACCUGGAGCAGCUUGAUCCUACUCAGUUGGCAAAGAUUGAAGCGGAAUUGAACCUGGAGAACGAGCGACUCAUCAAGCGGCUUCAAAGGAACUCCAUUGAGAUGCAGAAACUAAAAGAUGCACAAGAGAAAGCUGUUUCAAAAGGGGCUCAUCCUACCCCUGCCCUCAAGGAAGACAAAUCACCUGUAAUUAUCCCACGAAGAGAAUCAUCAAACACGGAGCUGUUUCCUACAGAUCAAGGAGAGCCGUCCUCGGAGGAAGGCAAACUCAGUGAAACAUCUCCAACUCUACGUCCGCCUGAUGAAUUUACAGACAGAAGAUCGUCAUCCCCAUCAUUUGUGGAACAGCAAGUGGCUGUCCUGGAGAAGCAGAAAGCUGAAAGUGUGAUCCCAUCUGUCCCAAAGAAAUCUCUCUGGAAACUGGAGGAGUCUAGUGUCCAAGAGCGGAGGGAGUCCUUUGAAAAGCAGUUAGUGUCGAUGUCAGAAGAGGCUGCUCCAGAAAAAGCCAAUUUACAGUCCUUGAAAGAAGGCGAGGAGAAACCUGCAGAGAUUAAGUCUGUGAAAAUCGUGGAGAAACUUGCAGAGACUAGGUAUGGGAAAAUUGUUGAUUCAGCCGAGACGCCACAGAAAGAAGCUUCAGAGCUAAAAGACAGGGUGGCAAAGGGCUCCAAACCUGCGGAGGAAAAGUCUGUGAAAACUGUGGGUUCAGCCAAUCCACGACAGAUAGAAGCAACAGAGCUGGAAGACAGGGAGCCAAAGGACUCCAUUGUUGAUGCUCAGCCAGGACAAGAUGACAAGCCAGUCCCUGUUGCUCAACAAGAAUCUGCAGCUAAAGUUGUUGUCCAACACGUGGAACCCUCCAAGGAAAAGCAGCAAGCAGUGAUCCCUCCCGCCGAGAGUCAAACAAAUCCCUCUCUGGGCAAUACAUCUCCUAAAAAUGGACCAACAAAAACUAAUGGAUCCAUAAAGACUGUUCUAAAACAGGAGGCUCCUGUUAACAACAACAUCAAGUCGGAGGUCACUAAAAAAGUACAAGUAAAGAACCCCCCAGCUGAGGAAGUAGAAGCCUCUGCCAUUCCAAAUGGGCUUCAACCGGCUGCUGUUGAACAGGCUUCCUCCCCAGCGCUCCAGCCCAAGUCAGCCAGUCUCAUCAAACAGAAGGGAACAGGGUCCCACCAGCGCUCCCAGCAAACAGCCAACAAAUCCACUCCUAUCAAUCGACAUUUACCCAAGCACCACAUCAGACACAUUACAGGGGACUUGCUGUAUGCGUAUGAUAAACUUUACUCAGAGCAGAGAGCUAUAGCAUGGACUGGUCUGAGCAUCGAUCCACAGAAGAAGGAUGCUGUACUUUUCUCAGUUAUUGUGUUUGCUUUCCGCAGUGCCCAGAUCACCAUACAUGAACUACACAUGGCAAAGGCACGGAUGCAGCAGCUACCCACGGAUGAUGAAGAGAGUGUGAGUAGCUACACCAUUGACAUCCCACCGAACAACAAGUCACAAGUGGAAUUACUUCAACACCUUCGCAAGAUGGCAAACACUUUUGACCUCUCCCCAAUGAUAGCCGAUGUUCUGGACCAGGUGUACGACUUGUCUGAGGACAACGCCACUCUAGAGGGCUCAACUCCUUUGAAGAAGUUUGUAACGAGCUGCGUGAGCAUCGCCUGGAAGCUUUCAAUUCAGAGCUCUCCGUAUGUCAUCGACUUUGAGCUACGAUCCUUUGAUCCAUCGGUCCACCAGAGGACAUCCAGCUCCAGCCGACGAAGCCCAAAAAUUAAGGAACAUUUAUGGCCCGCAUUAUUGGAAUCGAGCAAAGGAAUGGUCGUUUAUAAAGGGGUGGUGGUUACAUAACAGAUAUAGAAAAUAGAUGAGGUCAAGAGUAUAGCAAAAUCAGUGUUGACUUAAAAGUGUUUUGGUAUUUUCUUUUUAUAAUAGUAAUAUUAGUUCUUAUUACAAAUGCGCUGUACAAAGUCAAUAGAGUUCAAAGAAAACUUUAGUCAGAAUUUAAGAAAUGGGUGAUGCAGUGUUUGAGUAGUGGUUAUUGGCAUACUCAGUUUGUACUCAGAUCUCAGACUACUUGAGUUACAAGUAUAUGACAUUGUGCCAAUCACAAUGUGAAAAGAAAGAAUACAAAAUUUGUUUUGCAAUGUUUAAAGGCAAGGUAUACUUUUGGUAAUUAUCACAGACCAGUGUCCUCACUUG